AUGGCCCCCGUCAACGCCGUACACACACGGUCGCACAGCUUGCUGCUGCUGCAGAAGCUGCUCAAUCUGAGGGACGGCGCCAGUCCUCUCACGCUGUUGCUCGACAACCUCGAGCAGCCCGCCACACCAGUCGUCUCAGAAUUCAUCACAAGAGCAAAGUUGUCAAGGACCAAGGUCAUCUUGCUCUCAUUCGCCACCAUCAAGAAGCCGCGCGACGUAGACGUCGUGAUCAAGGCCACGGGCAAAGACUUCCAAGCCAUCAGAAAAGAGCUGCUUUCUCACUAUCCGAACAUAGAUCCAGCUGCCGCCGCCGCACGCGAUCGCAGCAGUCCACGCGCCGUCGUAAUUAUAGACUCACUAAACACACUAUCCUCCGCCAUCCCCCAGGCCCUCGCCAGCUUCCUCUCCGGCAUCAUCACGCCAGCCGUGUCCAUCGUCGCCGUCUACCACACCGACGUGCCCGUGCUCCUGCCCGCCGCCACCUUUAGCGAGUACGAGCCCGCGCCCUUGACCGUCCUCUGCCACCUCGCCACCGCCAUUCUGCGGCUCGCCAGCCUGCCGCAGGAAAUCGCCCGCCAGCGCGCGCGCGACAAGGCCCUCGUCGAGCCGGAAUGGGGCCUCCGCGAGGGCCGCGAGGGCGUCCUUAUCGGCCUGCAGCGCAAGGCCGCCACGGCCGCCGAGGCUGAGGAGAGAAAUGGCGUUGUGCUGACCAUGGAGCUGCGGAGGCGGAGCGGGCGUACAGUGACGGAGACGUUUGUGCUGGCGCGGCCGGAUGGCGGCAAGGGCACGGGGAAGUUGCUCCUGCGGAGCGACCACCCGGUCUUUGCGACGCCGGGUGCGGCUGGAGAGGAGGAGGAGGAGGGGCCGGAGAGUACGUUUAAUCUGGGCUUGACGGAGAAGCAGAGAAAGGACAGGGAGGGCAUCGUGCUGCCGUACUUUGAUGCGCAGACGGAGGUGGGUGGUGGUGAUGGUGGUAGAAUCUUGUAUGACAUGGGUAGAGAGGAUGAUUUCGACGAAGAAGAGGAUGAGAUUUAG